CUUAUCAUGAUAUUAAUUCUUAAAAUUGGCUUCAUAUUUUUAAUGGAGGAUGUCAAUUAAGGGGUAGUUUAAUUAUAAUAAAUUAUUAAUUAUCAAUGAAUAUUAUUUAACUUACGAUAUUGAUAACCAUUAUUUUAUAGCAUGAAUUCAAAUAUUACAACACACUUCUGUAAGUAUGGCGUGGUCGAUGGCAGUUAACAAGGGGAUAGGUUAUGGUCGGUGACAUGGACUGAUAAAGGAUGUCCUCAAAAGACAUUGCUGACCGUUCCGCUUAUCGGCGCAACCUUCCUCCGCCAAAGACAUCCUCUUGAAGAAGACACUCCGAAGACCUUAUGGAACGUCGUGCUCUGGAGGCGGUGCAGGCCAGAACCUCGAGUCCCAGCCCUGGUGCCUUCUUCCGCUGCUAUUCUGCAUCAGAAGCAUCGAAGACGGCGAACAGCGGCGAACAAGUACGAACGGCCUCAGCGGCACAUGGCGGCAGAACAACACCGCGUCACCCUAAGCCGGCAAAAAACAGAGUAGCCCCUGGUGAGGGCAGGGUUCCGCUGGCCGCCGCCAGGCAGCGCUCCCCUCCAACCCUUCCACCCCUCCCCCCACCACUACGCCACUACCGUCUCUAUCUCCUUCGAGGGUUAGAAACCUACAUUAUCUUCGUCGGUACCGUACGGUUGUAA